CCAUAAAUCGAGGGCUCGCUUUGCGCUAUGUCUAUACUAGUGUCUUAGAAGAGGUUAAUUUUGUGUAUGCCAUUUUCCGAAUCUGUCAAUUGUGUUCGAUAGUAUACCUUGACUGCUUUACUGAAAACGUGCUAUGAUAUGUAGAACACGAUAUGCUUAUAUCUGCAAUCCUAUUUAGUCUUGUUGAAACUUACCUGACUUUUUCUGACGAUUUCCCUAUACCAUUCGAGAGGCCGGAAGUAGCGUUCCAAGCGAAGCGUCUCAGUAAAUACUAUGACUUGGGGACGAGCACGUGGCAGGAUAGCGGUGUAGGCCUCAAACAAACGUACAGUCAGAUGCUCACAUUCUGCCAGGACAUGUACCCUGAUAGAGAUGUGGUUAGGUUACACCAGGGGGACCCGAAAACGCUGAAAUUCUGUAAAAUAAAGGACAAUUCAAAAUGUGCUGAGUUCGAUAUCGUUACCUGGAUUUGUGUGAGUAGGGACGAGUUCAACACGGAGUCUCACACAGCAUCCCCUGCUUCCACCGCCUCCCGCCCAGUAGCGGCACGCUGUCUCAACGAGACACUGCAGAGCGUGUCUUACGAGACCUGUACUCCAAUACAGACUGUUAUUUACUCUAACUACUGUUCAGAGAACAUGACGUUUAGUAAAAUGGACAACGUUCAAACCUGCAACAUCACUGUUGAGGGAAGGGAGACUAGCGGUUUACUAUCAGCUGAUUUAAAGUGCUGUUCCAAGGAGGAAACAUCUCAGGACAUCGCUACAAUACCAAGCGGAGAUUAUAACGUCAAAAAUCCCUUUAUCCCUUGGACAGAUGAACAAACCAUAACUUUAAAACCUGAUGAUCCGGACUUGCCACCUGAGUGGUGUGGGUUAGAGCAGGUUGAGGGAAAACGAGAAAACAUUACAAGCGCUAAGAUGGAACUGAUGAAACAAAUAUACUCGCAGAAUGAAGCCACGGAAGAUGAGAUCAACUACGACAAGUUGGUAGCACAGAUAGAACAAGUGGAGAGAGAUCUGCACAAGGAGGAGGUAGUUCUGUACAGAGAACAUUUUAAGUGUCUAGCUGGCAAAGUGGACGAACUAAUCGUCUCAACUCACUCGCUCCUGGAUCGUAUUGCUGCCACUAGAGCAAGGGAGGCUUUCACAACCGAUAUUCGAGCUGUCAAUACUUCACUCUCCGAGGUGAGCGGAAAGUUUGCGGAGAUAUGUUCCGACCUAGUAGAAGGAGAGUCCAACGAUUUCAGCAAGGACUACCGUAAGGUGGUGACCGACCUCCAGGUGUUACGUCUCAAGAUAGAGACUAUCAGUCGAGAGGUUGAGAACUGGGAGGAGAGUAACUGUGUACAUUGCGAAACUACUAAACAGAUAAUCUUUAAUACGUUACCCCCUGUUGUUACCAUUGGUGGUGGGGAUCCUGGAGAUCUAGGACAGGAGGAGAAGAAAGAUGAAGACAGUUCCAAGCUGAAGAACCAGAAAUACCUGAUAGCUAUAGUGUCCACUGUUUCCGUUAUAACCAUCAUAGUGGCCCUGGUCUUCUUCAUUGUAGUUGUACGAAGGACGCUUCAUAAAGACGUGUCAGGAAGGUUCACAACACUUCCCUCAGCGGACAUACUCACAAACGAACAGUACGUUGCAUUCCUUCAGAAGAACGGCUACGCUAACCCAACCUGCCGCCUACCUCAGAAAUACCUGGACGACCACGACUAAACACGACCCCGUCACUACACACUGUCACCAUGGUUACAGUGUGGUGUUAUUGUCUCCUUUUGGUGGAUUUAUCAUGACUGACUGAAGUUUAUUGUCACGUGUCAUUGUGUGCGGCCGGUCAUUGGUCCUUCUCCCUCUCUCCUUUACAACACUACUACAACUACUAUAACUACUAUAACUACUACUACUAAGUACUAGUUAUAGUAAAGAAUGUACUAUAUUGCUGCUGGUUAUAGUAGUCUAUACACUUCCCAUGUUACUAAUAUUACUUGUUUGCCGCUGAACUUCUUGUUUUUGUUGAGAAUCUGAACGGACAGUUUUAUUGUAACUAUACAAGUGCUAUUAUACAAGUGCUACAAGUGCACUGUUUAUUUGAUGAGAAGUAUUGUGUUCACCAGAUUUUCAUACCCUGGAAUGGAGGAACUUGUGUUCUUAUGGGAGGUAGCAGCACAAUGUUUGAUAAUAUAGUCCCUGGAUUGACGAAACUUUUUUGUCAAAAAUUGUCAAGAAUUUACAUCAUAAUAAUAUUAUGACAAUAACAAGAAUUAUAGUUAUAUCGACCAGUAUAUGAGUAUAUAAAGUAUAUUGUAUAUAGUGUUCAAUUGUCACAACCCUGGUUAUGGAGUUGCUUAGCUACCUUCUGAACACACGAUUGUGAACGCAAAUUAAGAGGCAAAAGCCAAAUAUGUCAAGAAUUUAGUUGCUACCCCCAUUAUACACAUAAAAAGGUACACCAGUUUUACAAGAAAUCAUGAAACUAGUUGUAAUUACAACUAGUAUAGUUACGUAACUUCUCUUUUAUAAUUAUUACCAUUUUUAUAGACCUAUUAGAUCUGCCCAACUCAGUUUUUAAUGUUAACUAGGCAGCUUUGUUCACAUGGUGGUACAUGGUUGCUAGGACUACUCGGGUAACAUGGUUACUAUGGUAACAGUUUUUUAUGUUAAAAUAUCCAGUAGGGUUUGAGGGUCCUUAAAAAUUAACGGAGAGAGAUAUAGAGUUCUCAGUGCUAUCAUCUAUUACUAUUAGCAGACGCUAAUAGUCUUUUAUUGCAUACCUAACACACUAAUUGCAUACCUAACAUACUUAUUGCAUACCUAACAUACUUUACACUUGCAAGUUUCACAAAAACACCGCUCAAUUUAACCUGUUUUUCUGAUGGUUACAAAUAGUCACUAUGGUUACUUAAAUGGUUGCAUUGGUCUAAUGUAUCUACAUCACAUGAUGAUUUAUUUGAAACAGCUAUUUAAUUUUAUACUGUUGAACUUUCAGACGAAAUUAUGAAGGUUUUCAUUUUCAA